GCGAACGCAAAGAACUGGGCUAGACUUUCAGUCGGCCGCCAUCAUGGAGAUUUUUGUGAUGGUGCGUCGUGAAAAAACUACCAUCUUCCUCGAUUGUAAAGAAGCCACGACCGUCUACGAACUAAAGAAAAUGGUCGAAGGAAUCACAAAGAAGGCUCCUGAAGAUCAGAGGUUGUACAAAGAUGAUCAGGUCCUUGAUGAUUCCAAAACGUUAGAAGAUUGCGGUUUUACUACUCAGACUGCUAAGGCCCAAUCUCCGGCAUUGAUUAGCUUGUCGUUCAGAGGAGAAGAUGGAGAGUUUGAACCAGUGGUUAUUGCUCCCUUGUCCACUCCUCCAGAACUACCUGAUGUCAUGAAACCACAGGAGAGUGUUUCCAAUAGUGACGGCUCAUAGAUUUCCAGUGAACAAGUGAUUGUCUUCUUUUUUUUGUAGAGAAACAGAUAUCUCACCACAUAGUUUGAGAUGAUGUAGCAACAAGAUGGCCAAAGCCUUGUGUGAAGCAAGGAUCAGUACUAUUCAUAUAUUUAACUUUCUAGUUUAUAACUGCAUAUUCAUAGAUUUAUGGUAAUGUGAUUAAGUGAGUGGUAAAAAAAAAGUGUUUACGAGCUUUCAAGGUCAAAACUUAGCUUGCCUCAGAAAUGGCUGUGCCAGGGAACAACAAAAAUCAAAUCUCAAUUUUUACAUGAAAAAUUAAUAAACACUAAAAAUCCAAAUUCUAUUCAGUUGGUUUAAGUCUACUUCAGUUUAUAGUAGUAAAUUAUCAACUUUUGACAAUGAUAACUUACAAGAGAACCAACUUCAAAGCAGUAUUGACUUCAUUACUGAUCCAGCCUACUAUUAUACUAACAAUAAACUAUUGAGCCAACAAUAAAGAUCUUCUCUGUUAUUAAAUUGCAGUUUACACUUUUCAUAAAUUUGGACCAGUAGUAGUUUUUGAGGGUUGAUUUGUGUUGACUGCUAAAUUAAAGUUAUUUUGGCUGUGGUUAUUUUAGUCUUUUUUUGUUAGAGUUUAUAGUGACACAGUGCUUCAUCUUUUGAAGACUGAUAAAGAUCCUUAUGUAGUAAUGUUUGCAUUCAAGUCUAGUCUAGCAAAAAGUUAAUAGUCCAUCUGAGAGUGCAUUUUCAAGUUAAUAGUGAUGACUAAAACAGUUAAUUUUUAAGGAUGGUUUUGUACUGGUAUAAUUAAUUUUCUUUUUGUUGUAAAUAAACUCAUUUGUUUUGAAGCA